CCAAAUUUCGUCGAACAAAUCCACGCAAAAACCCUUUCGCAUCUAAACCCUCCCCUCCCUCCCGUGGAUCGCUCGCCGCCGCCGCCGCCGCCGCUGCUGCCGCCGGCGGUAUCUCGCUGAUCUUCCUCCCCUCGGACCAAGUUGUUGCGUGUUCCCGGUUUGCGGAUCCGGCGUCGUGUAGGCCGCUGCCGUCGUGAUGCUGUCCUUGUCGAGGGCGCUGGGGAGGCGGCUCUUCUCCGCUUCCGCCUCCGCAUCUGAUGCCGCUGCCGCUGCCGCUGCCUCCACGUCGGUGGUGAGGAAGGCGCAGAACCCGCUGGAGGAGUUCUUCGAGGUCGAGAGGAGCACCGAGGAGGACAAGCCCCCUCCGCACUACGGCCGUAGUUGGAAAGCUUCUGAGUUACGCCUAAAAUCCUGGGAUGACCUUCAGAAGUUAUGGUAUGUCCUUCUGAAGGAAAAGAACAUGCUUAUGACUCAACGCCAGAUGCUGCAUUCAGAGAACAUGCGUUUUCCAAACCCAGAACGUAUUUCCAAGGUGAAGAAGUCAAUGUGUCGAAUAAAGCAUGUCUUGACUGAAAGGGCCAUAGCAGAACCUGACCCAAGGAGAUCCGCAGAAAUGAAGCGGAUGAUCAACACCCUUUGAUCAGCUUUCAUGCGUCAUGUUGGAUCAACGGUUUAAAGGACGAGUAGUUGAUUUUAGAAAUAUCUGCUUCUUUUCUGUUGUAUGUUUUUCUCUAUCUCGGAAAGAGGUAUAAGACUAAUGUCUUAAUAGACUAUCCUUUUGAUACCCAUGGAAUGCUUGAAAGAUUCUACUAUACUAUUGACAUUAAUUGUUCCAGGGCCAAUAAUUUUAAUGCCAUCCAGAAUCCGUGCAAUGUGAUUUGCAUGACCA